AUGGAAAUAGACGACUCGGAAGGCAUAGUGAAUGCCUCUGGUAUGCCGCCUAGAGCCAGUGAGCCCGAGAUCUACCUCAAGUCCGGCCAAUUCGCCGAUCAAGGCUGGUCUCACGGUGACGACAGUGGACUUGACGAAGCCUACCUCGAUGCUCGGCGCACGCACGAUAUCAUCGAAAGAAGGAUAGGCAUUAUCUCCCCGCCACCCCUCUCCAGCCCGGACGUCUUCUUGCCACCCUUGGACACCACGCGGCUACUCCUGUCCCGACCGAGCAAAGGUCGUCGGUCGGCCGGCAAUAACGGAGCCGUCGCUGGUGGCGCCACCACUGCCACCACUACGUACCAGUGGUCCAACGGAGGCACUGCGGGAACCGGACCGUACCAGCAGCACCGGGUGACCACUACAACGACCACGACUACGCACCGGUCUACGACCACGGUCGAAGAGACGAGCGUCAGGGACCAGGUGCACCUGCUCAGGCUACCAGCACCACCACCCAAGGAAGAGAGGGAUACGGUCGAAAGGGAAGGCAAGCAGGAAGAGAGUGAACGCCAACAGCAGGCUCUCGGUGACCAGUCAGAAGACAGGGUGCACGAGGAGCACACGGUGGGCGAGGCCGACGGCCCCGAACUGAGCGACGCACCGCCGCCCGCCGCGUCGGUUCGGAGAAGACCCUCGGUGUCCUCGUCGCACCUGGAGGUCACCGAUGCCAAGGACCUCGCGCCAGGGUUCGACGAAGUCGGAGGCAAAGACCGCGCUGACGAAGGCGACGACGACUCUUCGGCGCAGCAGCGCGAUCAACAACAGCGCGAGCCCGGCGAAGCGUCGGCAGCAUUGUCGCCGGCAUCGGUCAGAGACCGGCGCAGCCGUAGUGACGGAGCGGCCACGGUCACGCUAAAGCUGCCCUCGCCCACGUCCGACGCCUCUCAGACGCGCACCUUCGGGUCUCAGAGAAGGCCCAGCCUGAGCGAGUCCCGUCGCAGGAGUGUCGCCACCGUGCCCGUAGCCGAGAGCAGCAGGCUCUCGGUGCCGACCUACCAGCCGAGGAAGCUGAGCUUCGCCGGCGGAACUCUCGGGUCUAAACGCGGCGACGAUGACAGUGGGGGCCAAAGAUUGAAAUCACGAGCACAGAGCGAAGAGGCACUCUCGCAAGAUAUCGAAGGGGAGAGCGAACGACUACCUCGGCGGAGGCCAAGUCGCGAAGCCGGUUCGCGCCGCUCGAGCAUCGCCGUGUCCGUAGAUCGCGCAGAAGCCAAACCGGAGGCUGAAGUAAAGGCGGAAGAGGGUGAAGCCGUGACGAAAGCCGAAGUACAAGCGGCGCAAGCAGUGCGGGACGACCACGCAGGAGGAGGCGGCGGUAGUAGUAGCGCGGAGGACGCGUCCUCGGACCAGGAAGCGCGUACCGGUCACGUUCAGGUGUCGCCUUCAGAGGCGGAGGUCGAUAGGGUCGCGUCCGAAGCCGAUAGGGAUCGCGACGAGCAGCAGGAGGAGGCAGCUAGGGUCGCGGACGGGUACAGCGGGCGCGAGGAGGUGGAACCGGAAGGCGAGUCGCGCGACUACUUCCACGAGGAAGGUCCGUACCGGUUGGAAGUGACCGAGGAAGAAGAAAACGAGGAAAGCGCGUUAGCACAGGGGACAGCAGUCGCGCCCGUAGGUAAGGCAGGCGACGUCAUCACCGCGCCGUCCAGCCAGCGCACGUGGAAGACGACCGGUGCUGGCGACCGAGCAUCCAGAAGGAGUAAGUACCCCAGCAGCGUAGGACAACCCCAACUCCAGAAGCAACAACAAAAGCAGCAGCUGUCCACGCGGGCGCCUGCAGCGACCAGAGGUGGUGCCAGCGUCAACCAGCCCGUAGCCGGGGGUGUGAAGGCCGCAUCGAAGAGUGAAAUGAGCGCUCCAGAAAGAGUCACCGGAGGCAAGAGCCGGAAGCAGCCCAAGGGCAAAUCUUCGGGAGUCACGGUUCAAGUGGCCAAAGUGCGAUUGAUUCCGGGCAGGCCUGCGGCCGACGCCGGCACGGCUGAAGCCGAGGCGGAGGUGUCGGAGAUCAAAGAUUACGUGAGGAGAGGCAGCGAGCGGAUCCGAGAUGGCGUAGGUGAACGCGACGCCUCCAGGAGGGCGUCCAGGAAUGCGGUCAUCAACGUCGACACCGCCCGCACUGUGGUCGAGAGCUACAGGAAAAGCGAUGCCGCGGCAGCGGCGGCAGCCAAGAAGCCAAAGAGAGAGCGGACCUUCGACGUUGAAGUGUACGUGACAGAAUUGGGCGAGACCGGAACGCAGACGGGGGGAGGGUCUGAAGCGUCGGUCAAGGCUGCGAAAGAGCGGGGGUCUUCGUCCAAGGGUGGAGGUGGUGGUAGUGGCGCACGGCGCCGGUCUCGAAGCCACAAGUCGUUGAGCAAGAGUGACACUCGUGGUAGUCUGAUCGGUGAUAAAGGACACGUAAGGGGUGAUAAGGGAACAGACACUACGGACGCGGACGCGAGUAGCCUAGCCGAUAGUGCGGGUAUAGUUCAAGACGAUCCUUCUAUGAAAGACGACAGCGAAGCUGAACAGGAACGGUGUGAAAUCGAGUCCGGUCUACUAGACAAUGAACGACAAAUAACGCAUACAGGAAAUGGUGUUGACGAAAACAUUUCUGCGGAUGAUGAAGGUUCUGGUGACGAAACGAGCAUUGAGCACGCUUCUGUUCUGAACGAGGCUCUACACCCUGCUUUGGAUAGCGGCUUAGAUGGCGAUAAAAUCAAGCCUUCUGUAACGGAGCUUCAGGGUAUGGCGAAUACACCCAAGAUAGAGGAUAAUAUCGCAAGUACCGAACAGAGCGAAGCUCUCAACGAUGCUUGGCAGCCAUCGUCGUUAAGCGAUGAUGACAAAACUGGAUACAGCGAAAAAAGUGGCACUGGUGAGGAAGUAGGUGACAAUGUGUUGAACGACAACAACGCCUUAAGGACAGCUGCAGCCGACACUCAUGAUGUUGAAAUUAUUGAAUCAGAAGAGUCAACAUUCACAUUUGAUCGGAGGCAAACAGACGUCGUUGACAAUCAUGGCUAUGCGGCGUCGGAACCGGAUGAAUCUGAGAAGUGUAAUGGUCAUGGUGAAACCAGUACUCCAAAUCCGAAGGACAUGGACUCCAUGCUUGUGACUGAACGAAACGACAUCGACCAAAUUCAAAAUAAAUCAAAGGGCGUCGACGACGAAGAAACCAACAACCAUAGUUCAAGAAACACAGAAUUAUCGCUGGGUAUUGAAAGGGUCGACUCACCCGGAGUGAAACACAAAGAAGAAGACAUCCAGAGAAGGGAAAUAACUGAUGACAAGGGCGCUGUCGCGAUUGAGGAGGAAAAUGCACUCACAGGCGAAGAAACUACGGUCGACGAGCAUCAAUCUACUCCUUCGAAAAGUGGACGCCAUCUACAGCAAAGCGGUAACGGAGAAGAUGAAAGCGGGAAUGACGACAGCAACGAUACCGACGCUCCCGAAAAAUGUACAGCAGAUAAGAACUACGUGGAGGCGUUAGAAAACCAUGAUAAUGUUGAUGAUCAGGCUGAGAAUGAAGGUGGCACUAGUUCAAGAGUAAACAACAAAGUAGAAGGAACAACGAAAGUGGACACCGAGAGAAACGUGUCUGAGGUUGGUACUCGACCAGGAACAGCUGCAUCAGGAGACGAACGAAACGACUUUCGGAGUGAUAAAAGCCAUUACGAGCAUACAGCCGACGGUGAUUCAGGACUUCCUGGCAGCCACGCCAAUCUUGAAGAUGGAAAAAAUAGCGGGAGUUAUGUGCAAGCAGAAGCUAAAAGUGCGAUUGGUAAUAAAGGUGCACAAGUCGCCGAAAGUAUUGAUCAAAGGGAUGAUGCGGCAGCAAACUCGGACGAACGGUCUCUUAAUGAGACAGACAUCGCUAACAUCACCAGUGAUACUGAAGGAAAGGAGAGCGGAGAUACGCAUAAUGGACAAAGGGAAGUCAGUGUAUUAUCGGAACCUGAUGGAAAGGUGCCAAAUGAAGAACAGAAUCUUCACGUUGAGUCGAACGAAUCUGAUACGCUUUCAACAGAAGACAAGGAAGACGCGUUUGGAAGUGAGCUUGUUGCUGGAAAACCAGCAAUUGGAGCAUCCUCAGUCGCUAGAGGAGACGUGGAAACGAACGAUGAAAUUACACAAGAGGCAACAAAAUACGAGCCUACGGCUCUUACGAAUCAAAUCAGAAGAACGGAUGACCAAAAAAACGACGUCGGUGAAGCUACGGAUGAAACUUCUCCUUCGGUGGAAGGAGCAGAUAAUGCAAAGGAUGAGGUCGCACACGAGGAGUCAAGAGCCGAACCUUUUACAAACGGCAAAGGCUUAGAAGACGAGGCUAAAAAUGAUAGCAACGAACAUAGUCAAGAUGGAAGCUCGUUUGCAGAAAAAAAGGGAACAGAUGAGCAGGACAGCAAUGUUGUGCCGGAUGCAGUUGAACAUAACGAGGUGUCUAAAUGUAAAGCGGUAGUGGAAAACGUUAAUAGCAAUAUCGUGUCUGAGGAGUCUGCUAGCAACGAUAAUUCCGUAAAAAGUCUUGACGAAGAAGCACAGACAACCAAUACAUAUAUAGACGCUCCAGAAAGAGAUGUUAGUGAUGACCAUGAAGGAGAGGUCAUUGAGCAUGAACCAACCAGCAACAGCAACAAAUGUGCGGGAGACAGUGCACAAGAUACGGUGGACAGCCACGAUGAAACAGCCUCAGAGACAUUAAAUUCUGCGAGUGAUCCCCAGGAAGCAUCGGCUACAGAAGGGAAGGCUUAUGAGAAACACAGGCGUGGCAGCGAGGACCCUGCCUCUUCAGAUUCAGUAGAGAUAGCUGACGCUGGAGAAGGUGAUGCGGACCCAAUCCUUGCUACCAACGAAGAAAAAGGCGAUGAAGAGGUACAAGGUGCAACGCACCUUGACGAGAAAGACCUCGACAAUGAAGAUAGUGAUUUAAUGGAGCCUCAUCAUCUGAGGGAUGAAUGUCUUGGUGCAGAAGGAACAGCGGUACCAGACCAGGAGCAGCAGGCGAGUGAGGCCGAAGAUGAGCCGGCGGUGGAUCUGAUUGCCGAGAAAGGGGAACGUGACGACGAAAACAAGUCUGGUGAUGUCGAACAAAACGUCUCACAAGAAAUAGCAGCAGAGAGCGCAAGGACGAAGUAUAUUGCAGAUCAAGCUAAUCAGACUGAGAGUGCCGGUGAACAAGACGAAGUAACGAAACAUGCCAAUGAACAUAACAGCACGGAGCGAAUGAAAGAUUCCGAAACGAGUGCUGAACAAGGGAAACUGGCAAUUGCUACAAACGGGCAGGAAGACAACGAGCCCGAGGUGCAUGCCGAAGAAGAUGGCGUAAGAUCUGCACAGACACAAGAUAUUGCCGAAGAAAUGGAGUCACCCGCUGCAGCUACGGACCGCGCUUCACCAACCACCGACGUGGACACGUCCCGUGCCGAAGACGACAGUGCGUUCGCCGAUGGUACAUGCACCAGCACUCCUUCGCCUGCCACGAGCAGGGCCGAGUUGACGUCACCGAAGGACCUCCUCCGAGAGGGCGAGAACAUCGACGAAGGCAUCCUAGCGGACGAGCCGCCCACGACCACGGUCUCCGAGAAAGACCCCGACGAAGACGGAGAAGGCGACGGCGUUGUCGACGCGACUUCUUCGAGCAGCGGCCGCGGUAGCCGCGCCACCGUUACCGAAGUACCGCUACCCGUCACGCAGAAACCGCAAAUCCGUGGUAUUCAACAGCCCCUCUCCAGGGCUUCGAGGAACGCGGAAGCUGCGAAAGCGCCAAAAAUCAGGGCUCCCAAGGGCGUCAGCGUGCUGCCGUCGAAGUUCAAGCCGACGAUGAGACGACAUGACCGAAAGGAGCAUCCCGCGAUCGGCGGGACCGGAGGCGUGCGGAGAGUGCGAUCCGACGGCGAGAACAUCGACCAGGCGCCCGUGGUUGCAUCCGGAACUGCGCUGACGACGCCCGAACAGCAUCUGGACAAUGCUGGCAGGCUGCUUGGCAGGCAUAGCCACAGUGUAAACAUGGAGGAGCAAGGACUCGUUGAGAUCGCAAGGCUACAAAAAAAGCUGGAUGCUCUGCGGGAGGAACGACUCGCCUGCGAAGCCAAGAGAGAAGACCUGCUGCGACGAGCAAAGUUUCUCCAGGGCAAAGCUACGUCCACACGAGACCAAGCCCGCGACAUGUGGCGGCGUCGCUACGCCGAGGAGAAGAAGAUCACGCCCAAGCUGGAGGAAGAGAGCGCCCGCUGGAGGCUCGAGUUGGAGCGACUGCACCGGGAGCUGCUCGCCAGGGUCGAAGGAGAGCUGCGCCUGACGGGAUACCCGCGCUUCGAGCAACCCUCGAACAAGCUGAGCUACAAAAUAAUGAUCGCCAAAGUUCUACAAGAGAUUGAAGACCUGAAGCGACGUCUGGAAUACACCCGAAUCUCGCUCGGGGCGGAAGUCAGGCUACGAACGCAUGCCGAGCGGGAGGUGAAGAACCUGCGGGAGGACCUGCUGAAGAAGAAGAUCCAAGUCACCCUUACGAAGAAAGAAACUCAGUCCGUCAUGGCGCCGUUUCUUAGAGACUCGUUCUAUUUCGUCGGUCCCAUUUAGAGAAAGAGAGCGAAAUCAGAUCCACCAUUCUUUGAAGUAUAUAACAGGAUCUAGGAGAUUGAAAAAAAAAAACAGACAGAGGACGACUAGAUGAAAAGGAUAUAAGCUACUGUAAGAAAGCGAGUUAUAGCUAGAACGACUCGCUAUAUCACCGCACAUUCUAUUCCGACUAUCUCUCUUUUUCUAUUCCUAAUAUAUUCUGUUCUAGUCUGCCGAGCAAUCUCUUCAUAAGUUGAAUUUUUUAAGUUAAAAUUAUGAAAAAAUUACAUCCAGCUGAUCUAUAUGACAUGAUGCCUAAAGAAUCAUAUAUUGUUUCGGUCCCAUGCUGUGUCUCGUCUGUAGAAAAAAAAAGACAAAAAAGCAAGUCUUCACAAUGGUUGGAGCUGCGACCUUGCGCUAUAUUCAAAGGCCAAACUCCCACGAAACCAAGAACAGAGUUCACAACAGCGUGUUGUGCAACGAGACGUAGAAGUCUUUUGGAAGCAGCAUCGUUUGCGACCUAUUUACUAGCGUCGCGAGAUCGGUGUGCUCGGUAUAGCCUGGAAGGCAUCGCUUGUUGAGACGUUUACAGUUUCAAUGUCUGUUAUUGCACAUAGGAACAUAAACUUCGUAAAUAAAACCCUAACACCGAGAAUACAAUCCACGAAAUUCGAGUCUGCUUUAGAGUCAGCAAAGCAUAGGCAAGUCAUCUCGACGCACUUUGAUGUUGUUUUUUUAGUUGUGCACAUAAACGCUCUAGCUCAUACCUGAAAGACGACGACUGAUAUGCGCUGAGAGCCUUAGAGUUCAAUACAAGAAUCACAUUCGAAACUACAGCUCAUUGGCCGUUCAUAUCUGAAAGAAAACAUUGCCAGCUGGUCGUGCCUAGUCGAGUGCAAGUGCUCCUGAUCAGUUCAUGGUUGUUCAAGGUCUUUUUUUUUUGCUCUGCUGUUAAUAAUGUUAUGUCCAUUGAAAAAUAAAGCUUCUUUGUGUUUGUAUAGAAAAGCCUCUUUGGCUGUAUACUUACAUAAAAGCCUCUCAGUUUUUCACAGGAGGUUCAGGUUUAUAUUCUAGACUAGCAGACACAAACACCUAUUUGCAUUAGAAAAGGUACCACCCUAAGAACAUAGGAGAGCUUGACGUAAAAGUAGUUGGUGAGCAUGGUCAGCUGGCAAUGAAAAGUUUUGACGUGGUAACGUUAAAGAGCUAGUUUCACAGAUAUUUCGGUGUCGCUGGCAGCUCCGUUGGUUGUGAGC